AUGGAAGACUCCGACUGGGGCAUGACCACCAAUCUCAACGCUGUUUUCUGCGACCUUAUCCUUCCGCUGGCCGUGAAGAACAAGGUCCUGCCAGAGGACAUGAUCAAGCGUAUCUUCAUAUUUUCGGACAUGCAGUUCGAUGAGGCAAGGCCUAGUUACCAACAGCGAUCGAAGUGGGAAACCAACUACGAUAUAAUCGCUCAGGAGUAUGCGAAGCACGGGUACGACGUUCCACAAAUUGUCUACUGGGACCUAGCCACAAAUGGACACCAUACGGUUGAAGUCCAAAGCGAUACGAAAGGUGUUGCCAUGAUGAAUGGGUUCUCUCCUUCCAUGCUCAAGGUGUUCAUGGGCGAGGAGUCGGACGACUCCACGGACCCGCAGCCUGACAAGCCUGCUGCCUCUCAGGUAAAAGAGGUCAUGACUCCGAUAUCUGUCAUGCGAAAAGCCCUCAAAGACAGCUUCGAUAGACUGGUCGUUGUUGACUGA